AUGGCUGGACUACGAUUCGCUGGCCUUGCGCCAAUCUUGGUGCUUUGUAGCUCACUUGCUGGAAACGUCAACGCUGCCGGCUUGGCGGACAUUGACCAUGUCGUCCUCUUCAUGCAAGAAAACCGCGCGUUUGAUCACUACUUUGGUACCAUGGCUGGUGUUCGUGGAUUUGGUGACGCAAACCUUCAGAAAAAUAACGGCGUGCCCGUUUGGAAGCAGCUCACUACUCGGCAGCAAACCACCAAGACGGACCAUGUCACCCCGUGGUACCUCAACUACCUCGGCGGGAACUGGUCUGAGGCAACGCAGUGCAUGACUGCUGGCAGCAAUGGCUGGUUUGAAAACCACGCCGCCUGGAACUUUGGCUCAAACGACCACUGGGCCAUGAACAACACUCCCUGGAGCAUCGGAUUUUAUAAGAAGCAAGACCUUCCUACGCAGUGGGCCUUGGCUGAAAACUGGGUGAUUGGAGACAUGUACCAGGAAUCCGUCGUUGCUUCCACCAACCCAAAUCGUGUCAGCUGGGUUUCAGGCUCCAUCAAUGUCCCUGGUUCGCCGCAGAAGCCUGAUCAAGGCGGCAAUCCAUAUAUUGAUAACAACGAGACGCCCGGGUGCGAAAGCGGUGGUGUCAAUUGCUUUCCGCUCAAGUGGAAGACUGUUGCCGAAUACUAUCAGGAUGCGGGGGUGUCUUGGAAUGUGUUUCAGGACGCCGAUAACUUUGACGACAACCCAUAUGCUUGGUUUGAUCAGUUCAGACGGUCCACCAAGGGCUCUGCCCUGUAUGACCACGGCCUCAAAGGUUCUUCUCUUGACUCAUUCUACGAUCAGGCUGCCAAAGGAACUCUGCCCGAAAUAUCGUGGAUUGUAGGCCCCAUGCAACUAUCUGAGCAUCCGCCCUACUCUCCACACGACGGCGCCUGGCUGCAAGACACCAUCACUCGGGCUGUUCUCAACUCGCCCAAGUACAACAAGACUGCUUUAAUAAUUUCAUACGACGAAACCGGGGGCUGGUUUGACCAUGUGAAUCCCCAUCAUUCGCCUGACGGGACACCGGGAGAGUGGCUCAACGACCCGCAGGGCAAGGUUGGGCAUACUUUUGCCGGCCCUGGCUUUAGACUGCCAUUUUACAUUAUUUCCCCAUGGACUCGCAAUGGGGGCGUUUACACGGAGCACUCGGAUCACAACUCACAAAUUCUGUUCAUCGAAAAGUGGCAGGCUGCCAAGGGCAAAAACGUCCAAACCAGAGAAAUGGUUCCCUGGCGCCGCGAGAACAUGGCUGAUUUAACUAGUGCAUUUGAUUUCCAAAACCCAGACUACAGCAUUCCUAUUCUCCCAACUGCUCCUAAGCCACAUGUCAAUUCCAAAGGCCAAUACGAUGGAUCUUCAUACUGUCAGUCCAGGUUUCCAACCACCCGGCCUCCCGUUCCCUACACCGGAGACGGCGUCAUCGAGGAUCUCGCCACCGUGGUCGAGCACGGCUUCAAGCCAAUCCGUGGCAAGCUCACCGAGGGACGCUACCUGGUGCUGGAAACGAAUGGGCACUCAUUGACCAACGCUGGGAGUAAGUCUACUGCGAGCGCAACCGUCACCAAAAGCACCUCAAACCACGACAACAUUGCCCACAGAUGGAUUGCCCAUGCCGCACAAAUCGGAGGCGAUGUCUUCACGUUGCAGAGUGCGAGCGACAAGCAGUAUCUUUGCAAGGACGGGAGCCUCUGCGCCGACGCCAAGAACGCUGAAGCGUUUACGGUCCAAUUCACCGCCAGCAAGGGAUAUAGCUGGAAGCAGCGGGAUGGAGGCAAGUACCUGUCUGGUGAUGGGGCCAAGCUUGACUUGUCUGGCGAUGCCAAGUACUGGAAGAUUUUCAGCGUCAGUUACUAA